AUGACUUCAUCAGCGUUCACAGCAUCUCAAAAUCCAUCAGAUUUGCCUAUCUCUUCCUUGAAUGAGUAUGACAAAGCGCCUAUUAUCGCAAUUAUCGGGGUAGGCUAUGUCGGAGAACAUCUUAUGGAAGUGUUCUCUUCCACUUUUCAGGUCAUUGGCUACGAUAUAUCGACUCCGCGUAUAGAGAGACUGCGUUCGAAAUAUUCUUCGAAACGCCAUACCAAGCUCUCAAACGAUGAGAGAGACUUGAAAGACGCGUCUCACUUUCUCGUCUGCGUACCGACAACCGUAGGAGUGGACGGCAAGGUUGACUCCUCGCACAUUUGCAGCGCAAUAGCCAUGCUCCAGAAAUAUGUGAACAACAAGUCCAUCGUGGUGAUAGAGAGUACGGUCGCAGUUGGGAUGACGAGGAAGUUCCUUGGACCACUGGCUGCAUCGCGCGGUAUCUUUGCCGGAAUGUCACCAGAGAGGAUUGACCCUGGCCGAGUUGAACCCCCUCCUAGAUCGAUUCCCAAAGUCGUCUCUGGACUUGACGACAUCGUUCCAGGCUCGCUGGAUGCUAUCACACGAUUGUACGAGACAGUGUUCGACACCGUCAUACCAGUCAGCAAACCCGAGGUCGCAGAAAUGUCAAAGCUGUAUGAGAACUGUCAAAGGACCAUAGCUAUCGCCUACGCGAACGAGAUGGCAGACGCCUGCCAGGGUUUGGGAAUCGAUCCUUUUGAGGUGGCACACACCGCCGCAAGCAAGCCCUUUGGAUAUCUGCCUAUGUAUCCCUCACUAGGCAUUGGCGGUCAUUGCAUACCCGUAAAUCCGAUAUACUUCAUGUCGACUUGCAGUCUUCCACUCCUCCAGCAAGCUCAUGAACGAACCAUGUCACGUCCUUCGCGCAUCGCCAGCCAGCUUCUCAUUUCGUUACUGGAAGAUACCCAGCGCAAGCACGGUGCGACACGCCGACCCAGUCUUCUCGUAGUAGGAGUCGGAUUCAAGUCUGGCCAGUCGGAUCUAUCCAAUUCGCCCGGAUUGCAACUACUCAACUACAUGCGCCAAUCUGGCGAAGUAGACCUGAUGUUCUGCGAUCUUUUGGUAAACCAGAAGACCAUACCUGAGGUGCCGAAACUGGAAGAAAGCUUAUGGACACCGGACGCAUUGAAGACAUUUGACGCAAUUGUGGUAGCUGCGAAACAACCCGGUCUGGAUUACAAUGUUCUAGAUACCUUGUCAGAUGUGCGGGUUGAUGUUUGGAACCGAUGA